AUGCGAUCGGAAAUGCCGUCCCAGGUGCUCCUCCUGUGCCUCGGUCCCAUCAUCUCCCAUUCCCCCUGUCUCAUCCUCCCCCUUUCCCUGUGUCCAAUUAUCACCCCUUCCCUCUGUCUCAUCAUCUCCCGAUCCCUCGGUCUCAUCAACUCCCCAUCCCUCGGUCUCAUCAACUCCCCAUCCCUCGGUCUCAUCAACUCCCCAUCCCUCGGUCUCAUCAUCUCCCGAUCCCUCGGUCUCAUCAACUCCCCAUCCCUCGGUCUCAUCAUCUCCCCAUCCCUCGGUCUCAUCAACUCCCCAUCCCUCGGUCUCAUCAACUCCCCAUCCCUCGGUCUCAUCAUCUCCCCAUCCCUCGGUCUCAUCUUAUCCCCUGUCAGUUGCGCCUGGUUGGAUGACUCUCAGCUGCACCUGGUGGUGCACGAGACGUGCAAGCUGGAGAAGCUGGGCGGCAGGAAAAAGGACGGCUACGGCGCAUGGAUGCUCUGCACCAAUCACCUGCGGCCAGGUGGCAUAGUGUACUCGUUUGGGAUCGGAGGCGACGUGUCGUUUGACAAUGAGAUGGUGAACCGAGGCUACAAGGUUUUCGGUUUUGAUCCCACCGUGACCCCAGAUCAUGUGAGCAGCUUAUUCAAAAACAACCAUGAGCGCGACCAACCAUCCGCUUUCCAAUUCUGCCAGGUUGGCAUUGGGGCUGUAGACGGCAUUAUCACCUUCUUCAGUCCCAAGAAUCCCCGCCUGAAAUCCAUGACAGCUGUGAAGCACGAGGAGCUGUCAAAGCGGUACGAAAGCCGAGGCAUGCCGGCGCCAGUCAUGCGGUUACCAACAUUCAUGUGCAGUAAUGGACAUGGGUUCAUUGACGUGUUGAAGAUAGAUGUUGAAGGGGUUGAGUUUGAUAUCUGCGAUGAAUGGUUAAGGAUGGACACUCCCCUCCCGGUUGGCCAAGUGUUGGGCCGACAGACCGCGCAGCGCGACUCAGGGUGGUUCGAAACUGUGCCGUUUCAGUUUCCGUUCCAACGCGUCAAGUCCGUCAAGCUCGUCGUGAUCAUGGCGAGCGGGGUGAACCUCACUGCGGUGACAGUCAUUGCUGCCGUCUCCGCCGUCCUCGCGGCCGGCGUCACAGCGCUAAACAUUCCCUCCGGCGUCUUCGGCCUGCACCCCAAGCCCCACGUGCUACCCUUCUUCUGCACGUGCGACGAUGACUCAGCGCUGAUGGAGGACAGCCUGGCGCGCUGCCAGGUGGCGAGCGACUUCCUCAUCGCGCUGGCAUACCUGUCCAUCCCACUCGAGCUCGCAUACUUCACGCUGAGGGCCAGGAACUUCUCACACCGCUGGGUCAUGCUGCUCUUCAGCCUCUUCAUUGUCCUUUGUGGACCUUCUCACACCGCUGGGUCAUGCUGCUCUUCAGCCUCUUCAUUGUUCUCUGCGCAGUCCCCACUCCCCUCUUUUCUCCCUCCCCCAUUCCUUUGCCCCUCUCCCUUCGCCCAUCGCCCUGUCCCACCAGGCCUGACCCACCUGGUGAACGUGUGGACGUACGGUGCGCACCCGCGGCAGCUGAGUGUGGUGCAGACGGUGCUCAAGGUGCUCUGUGCGGCCGUCUCAUGGGGCACAGCCUUUGUGCUCUUCACCAUCAUCCCCUCGCUCCUCAAGUUCAAGGCAAGUGCCUUUGUCCGUCCAGACGUGUCCUUUUGGGUCGACUCUCAGCACCUGCAGCAGCUGAGGGUCGUGCAGAAGGUGCUCAAGGUGCUCUGCGCGGCGUUCCCAGUCUGCGUAUCCUGGAGCUCUAUCCAGGUUCGGGAGCUUUCGCUGCAGCACAAGGCUGCACAGCUGGAUCGGGAGAUGGAUGCUAUUCGAAGAAGAGAGGAGGUGGGGCGGCAUGUGCGUAUGCUAACAUACGAGAUCCGCCAGUCCCUGGACCGCCACACCAUCCUCAACACCACGCUAGUGGAGCUCGCACAGGCGCUCGUGCUUGAGAACUGCACCGUGUGGAUGCCCGACCCCUUGCUACUGACCCCUGUGAGUGCUACUGACCCCUUGCUACUGACCCCUGUGAGUGCUACUGACCCCUUGCUACUGACCCCUGUGAGUGCUACUGACCCCUUGCUACUGACCCCUGUGAGUGCUACUGACCCCUGGAAGCGUGUGCAUAAAUGCAUGAGGAGUCACACCAUCCUCAGCACCACGCCUUACCCCUGGGCCCAUGCGAACGCCAUGGCAGCUGUUCGUCUGGCAAUCCACAUGCCCACACACUCCCGUGCUUCACGAUCCAGCCAGCAAGGGGACGACGGUGCUGCUGCUGCUGCUGCGGCUGCAGCUGGUGCCGCUGGUGCUGUUGGUGGUGGUGGUGGUGGUGGUGGCAAUAAUGGUGCAGAUAGUGACGGAUUUGCUGGUAGUGAGGCUGCUGAUAUGGAGUACGGUUCGGUUGUGGAGUAUGGGCUCAUGGUGCUCGUGCUGCAUGGGGACGAGAAGAGGCAGUGGCAGCCGCACGAGGUGGAGAUGGUGGAAGCAGUGGCAGACCAAGUGGCCAUCGCGCUCUCACAUGCUGCAGCGCUGGAGGAGUCGCAGCGGCGCAGGGAGGAGAUGGCGGAGCAGAAUGCGGCGAUGCAGGUGGCACGGGUGCGAGCAGAGGAGGCGAUUCAAGCCAGGAACGACUUCCUGUCCGUCAUGAAUCAUGAGCGCAGGGAGGAGAUGGCGGAGCAGAAUGCGGCGCUGCAGGUGGCGCGGAUUAGAGCAGAGGAGGCGAUUCAAGCCAGAAACGACUUCCUGUCCGUCAUGAAUCAUGAGAUGAGGAGCCCUCUGCACACCAUCCUCGCGCUCUCCUCCCUCAUGGAGGAGGACGACCUAACAGAUGAGCAAGGGCCCAUGGUGGCCACUCUCACUCGCAGUGCUUCCAUGCUCACAUCCCUCAUCUCCGACGUCAUUGGGGUGGCCCAACGGCAAGAGAUCAAUCUCGUGCUGGAGCACCGUCCGUUCGAUCUAAGGCGAAUGCUGCACGACGCGGCGUCCCUGGCAUGGCCCAUGAUGCGAGCCAAGGGACUGAGCUUCUCAGUGGUGAUUGCGAGGGAGGUGCCUCGGCACGUGGUGGGGGAUGAGCGGCGAUUGCUGCGCGUGGUGCUGCACAUCAUAGGCCAUGCCAUUGACUCCACGCAUGAGGUAAAGAGGGAGGAGUGCCGAGUGAUGCCGAGUGGUGCUGUGUGGUGCAGCAGCAGGGAGGUGCCUCAGCACGUGGUGGGGGAUGAGCGGCGAUUGCUGCGCAUGGUGCUGCAUAUUAUCAGGCAUGCCAUCGACUCCACCGAUGAGGUAAAGAGGGAGGAGUGCUGA